CAGGGAUUAAGGUUUUGUCUAUAACACGUCAUCGUUUGUCCUUUUCUCUUUAAGGGUACAGCAGUCUGCUUUCUGAUAUACUGCACCUUCGUCUUAAUUAUAAAACACCUUAAGCCCUCGUCACACACACACAACCUUUUUCCAUUGACACAUUGCCUGGAUUUGACCUGCCUCUGUCCUAGCUCAGCUGAUCAAUCCAUUUCUCCUAUGAUACACUGUACAAGAUGGCGGUAUCGGGAACUGAAAGGGACGGAAUAAAUAUUGAUGGAUACCUGAACAACUCAUUCGGGUCUUCUGGACUAGGGUCUCCUGACCGUGAAGACAUUGCACGCCUGUUGACUGUUCCUUUUAGUGGCCGAAUAAAGGGAGGAAUGAGACCAGGGAAAAAAAUAAUCGUGAUGGGGAUUGUGGACCCCGAGCCUGAAAGUUUUGACAUCAGCCUCACUUGUGGUGACACGGAUGAUUCUCGUGCUGAUGUGGCUAUGGAGCUGAGUGCCAGGUUCCCGGAGAGGCAAUUCCUCAGAAAGGCGUGUGUGUCGGGGGAAUGGAGUGAGGAUGAAACGACAAUCCCUUACUUCCCGUUCAUUCAGGACCAGCCAUUUAGGAUUGAAAUCCAUUGUGAGCACCAGCGCUUCAGAAUAUUCGUGGAUGGACACCAGCUCUUUGACUUUUUCCACCGUGUUGAGUCUUUACCAUCCAUUGACACAAUAAAGAUUAACGGGAGCUUACAGAUAACUAAACUGGGCUAGGUUGGCCAUCUCAACAAGGGGCUUCUUUGGGUCCAUGCUAGUGGGGGGCGUUCUUCAAGCACUACAGUCUUACAAUAGUAGCACAGCUGGGUCUGUUUACACACUGAAUGUCUUUUUCAGUUGUCUAGUGAAUGAACCCGCUGUUUGACUUUUAACAAAUAUAAUGACAGGACAUUUUGCCACAGCAUGUGGAUUCUUGGUGGCAACUUAAACAAACUCAUGUUUGGUCUGUCUUAAGGAAGUCUCUAAGAAAUACUGUCCUUCUUUUUAAAGGGAUGUCACAAUAUAACUUUUGCAGUAAUAGCAAAUAAGUAUCACAGAGAUGGCUAUAUUAUUAUGAUAGAUAUAACUAAAUACAAAUUAAAAAAUUAAUUAAUACAUUUUUUCUAUUCAUGAAAAUAGGCUCUCAGGAAAUGAAGUGAUAUGUAUUUGUCUACAGUGUAUUUAAUAAUAUUAUGGUAAGUUGCUACCUGACAAGCUGUUUUGAAAUUGGGGCAUAGUUUUGCGUAGCAAAUAAAUUAUAUUAUGCUAAGCCUAAGCAAUAAAAAUAAAUUUGCAAUGUGAUAAUUAUAAUAUAUUGUGAUGUCGCUAAUUAAAAUGUAGUCCCUUAUACAAGUUUACCAUGGUAUUUUUGAACUUAUACAAUGCUUUUUCCAUGGGAAUACGAUGUAGUAACUGUAAUUUACCCUGGUUUACCAUUUUAAUUACUGUUUUACCAUACCUCACUGCUCUUUACAUUGCUUUACCAUGCUUUAACUAUGCUUUAUUACGCUUUGCUAUGCUUUUACUAUGGUAAACUUUUAUAAGGGGUGGUAGCUUAUUAUUAUCCACUAAUUUGUGGGAAUGCUAACAAGUGCUAAUAAUGUCAAAAUGAAGUGUUCUCUUUUUGCAGACAAGAUAUGUUGUAUUUUUACGCACUGAAACAAAAUAGCACAAUAUGUAUAAUAUAUUUUAACCAGGGCUAUGUCUAAAAUGGAAAUGUUUUGAUUGCAGAGUGUAUGUAUGUAAUUCAAAUGACAUAUAUGCUCUCUCACUGCAAAAGUGCUUUAGAUUCACCUUUUAUUGUAAUAAUCUGAAAUAGUUAUGGUUAAUAGGAGACAGACCUGAGCUUUUUUAAUGUAUACAGUAGAGGGGUGCAAACAAUUCAGAUUUUACUUCUGUUUUUUGGGCCAGAUUGAAAUUGUAUUUAACAAUAGAUAUUUACAAUAAUUAUCCACUGGGUGGUUCUUUUUGCUGACUGAAAAAAAAAAAUAGAAUCAAUUUGAAUCUUUAUCCUUAAAAGGGAGUCGAUUUAAACCACAGGGUCUGGAUUUUUUGCACCUCUCCAUGUUUUAGGCUAGUCGUAUACAUUUGGCUUGUCUUUUUAAAUUUAAAUAGCGUAUUUGUUGUUGCUAAGGGUAAUAUCGUGUGGCUGUAGAAUGUAUGUGUGUAUAGAAACAGGUUGACCUAUAGGGGCCAGUGUAUGGGAUUCUCUUAAUAUCACCACCGCAUCGGCCAAUCCUCAUGUUAGGAGUGUGUUCUGAACACUGGCUUUAUUACUAGCUUUAAAGAGAAAGUAGCAGGGUUUCGAAAAAUAUAGCGUUACACGUCCCCAUGUGUUGCUACAACUUUAAAUAACGUACCUGUAAUUUUUCUUUUCAAUUGUUAACACCCUGACAACUUUUUACACUUAUAACUUUAAAGUCUGUUUCAAAGCUCUUUCCAAAUGUCUGCUCUAGUGCACUGAUAGUGUAAGGAUUAUUGACCACAUUGUCAAUCAGGUAAUAUAGCAAUAACGAUCCAUGAUGUGGUAUGGAACAGAAAAGCCAGAACACUUGUUUAUAUUUAAUUUUUUUAAUCACUCUUCCUGCAGUGAUUUAGAGCAGAGGUUCCCAACCGGUGUGCUGCCAUGGCUGCUUAUGUGUGCCGCCAACGGUAUAACACCGAGUCACGGCUACUGAAGUAAAGAAAGGAAACAAACUGUAGUCAGUUAAUAAACUUUAUUUAAGCAAGUCUAAAAAAUGAUUACAAAUAUAUUAAAACCUGUUCAAAUGUCAUAAAAAGGUACCAACAAAAAGGACUGUACCUUAUUUCUGUUUCCAGCAAAGAACUCUAAACUCGGACCAACCGUAUUAUGCUUUGCGUGGUCGCCCAUGGCAACCCAAGUCGGCACAUUGGGAGUGAUUUUUUGACUGUGAAGGAAAUCAACGUUCACGCAAAAAAAGCAAAACAAAAUAAACACACACACACACACACAAAGCUAUGUUGUACUAAGAUUUACACAUGUAAAGUACAAACAUGUAAAGUUCACAUUAAUGGUAAUUUGUUUCACAUUAUUAAUCUCUUGUGUUUUGCUUUGUCGUCUCUGCUUUUACUAGCGAAUCCUCAAAAUUAAUCUUACUGUUUUCACCAGUUCAAACUUGUUUUUAUGAAUAUUGAACUUUUUGGCAGUUUUUAUAUUCCCUUGUUUUACUUAAUAACAAACUUUAAGUGGUAACUUCUUUUGUUCAAUAAUACCAACUUGUACACUGAGAAAUGCAACACUUACUGUACAUAAUUAGCUUUUUUGCAGUCUGCAAUUUAUUAUUUAAAAUCUGAAACGUUUAAAAUCUUACAUGCAGGAUAAAUUAGAAGAUUAUAUUACGUAGGUAUCUAGACAAAUUAUUCCCAUUGCUCCGACUUGUAGCCUGUGGCAUUGAACAUCUUUCACUGUAAACGGCUUAAAAUGAUAAGAAAUUCUUUUGAGGGUGGCUUGAAUUGUUUUUAGGAGGUUUAAAUGUAGAGGCUUUUAUUAGAGGGUGAGUUCAGUUGGAGAAAAUAGGGUGGUGUGCCUCAAAAUAAAUUAAUAUAUCAAGGUGUGCCGCAGCAGAGAAAAAGUUGGAAACCGCUGAUUUAGAGGACAGAUCUCAACCCCAGUGCACUAGAGCGGCCAUUUUGAAAAGAGCUUUGAAACAGACUUUAAAGUUAUAAGUGUAAAAAGUUGUCAGGGUGUUAACAAUGAAAAUAAAAAUUACAGGUAUGUUAUUUAAACAGUUGUAGCAACACGUGGGGACGUGUAACGCUAUAUUUUUCGAAACCCUGCUACUUCCUCUUUAACAUCAGGGGUGCUGCACUCAGAGUCCAGAUUCUGAUUAGUACAUUCCAAGUUAUAAUUUUUGUAUUUUCUCCUUACUUAAAUAUUGGUAACUCCAAAUUAAGCAUAUCAAUGAAAAGGGCUGAAAAAAAUGGAAUGUCAUCCUUAGAUAACAUUAAUGUGAACCUGGGUUCUGCUGUAUGUGUGAAAAAGCAUACAGUUUUACCCUGAUGCUUUAUGGCAGCAUUAAAUUCAGCUCCCAGAAUGCAGAUGCAGAUGAUUGGAAGAGUGCGUAGGUGCAGGUGGCCAAAGGCCAAAUCAGAAAUCAUUUGUAUACCUGUAUAUGUAUUGCAAUUUUAUGCAUUUAUUGGCUAGCUAAUAAUGGUAGGAAUACUGCCCCAAAUAUCAAAUCAAAACUGCACAAAAUUCAGUUCAAUCACAUAAUCACAUAAUCAACAGAAAAGUGAAAAAUGUGACAAAAACAAAAAACAGACGAAAUUUAAAAUGUAUUUUUGUGAGAUUUUUUUUACAAAGUUUAUUGUAUAGAAAAUCAACAGGAUAUUUUUGAAGUCAACAUGAUCUUGUUUUGUAGGUGAGAUAUGUAAGGAUAGAAACCCUGCAUUGCUAAAAUGAAUUGUCUUUAAAAGGGAAUUAUUAUGCCAAAAUUGAAUAUGAAUCUUGAUAACCUGUCUUUUGCUUUUUGUACUUGAGAAUUGGCAGUCAGUAAGCAAUAAGACCCCAAAAAUAGGGGACAUAAUAAUUUUCCAGAACCUAUUUGUGUUUGAUAAUCAGUUCUUGGGUAGAAGGGUGGGGGUAGUUUUUUUUUCCUUCAAAUUAUGAUACUUUAAAAUUGACCAAUAUGCUCUUAUGCUUUAGAAAUAUACAUGUGAUAUGGUUGGGAAAGUCAUGUGAUGUAGCUGGCUGCAUAGGAUACAAUGAUAUGGAUAGACAUAAUGAUGUAAUUGACAUGUUACUUGCAUGUUUUAGUGUUUUUUUUUUUUGAGUUUCUUUCUCAAUGAAAAAAAUAUCUAUGUUUACCAAUAUAAAAUGUUUGUAAAUAAUUAUUCAAGUAGCACAGCAAAGGGGUGUAACUCCUUCACUGUCUUCUAACUGUGCACCGUGCUAUAGUACAUUUUAAAAAAUGCCUCCGUCAUAUGUGGAUCCAGAACUGGGGGUGGGUAUGGGUUGUGCCUAAAUGUUUUGCUGAAUUUUGGUAAACAGCUUUUUGUAUGUUUUUUCUACUGCCUAGAUCGGCAGUAGUCAGUUUUGGAUCCAUUCCAAACCAGGACCUUCUGGUUCCAACCAGAUCUAUAAUUACUUAAUUUAACACCAAGGUUUAAAUAGACAAUGUAAGACUUCAAAGGAACAAGGCUCUUGACUGUUCAAUUCAGUAAUUAGUGACCUGGUUGGAAGAAGGUCCUGGAUUGGAAGAUCCACAACUGAGUAUCAUUCGGCUAGAUGGUAUUAAUCUGUAUGGCAGGACAGUUUUCAGUGCUGCUGAAUAAAUAGCUUGAUAAUCAUUAACAUAAA